GAGCUCCGUCGAGUUGAUUCCUAAUUGCUUGUUUUUUUUUUUCUUAAAAUCUAAUUUAUAACCUACCAUUCUCUCUUUUACGGCGGGGGAACACAUCCCCGACACUAUUUUAUAUAAAAAACACUCGGAUUGCCUUGAUAUCGCUAGUUUUAUCCGACUUCUCGAACAUUCGCUACUAGCUUUAGCCCGUUAGCAAUAGCGGCGUGGUCACACUAGCGUUUGUACUCUUCUCACUCACAAUAUUAUUGUUCAUCUAUACUAAUGGCGGGCGUACCGAAUGUGUCUCUAUCUUUGAGUGCAGGUGAGGACACGUUCGAGCUGCAUGCGGUGCAGUUGGAGCUGGAGGCCGUGGAACGACAGAUCCGGACCCUUCUGGAGAAACAGGCCGAGCUACGGGAGCGGCGAACAGCGCUGGAAACAUCCCGUGCUGACGCUCACCAAUCCUCGGUAAGUUUGCAGCGCGAUAUUAACAUUCCUGCUUCCUCUACGCCGUGUACUUCUCUGCACAGGGCCCGAGAACCCAGAACGCGUUCAUCCCAGCCCUCGUUCACUCCGGCGCCGUCACACCAGGGACCUUGGGUUCUUCAGCAACGGAAGGCGCGAGCCAGGCCUCGGACCAGGACCUCUCCCCCUCCGCCGCCCCCGGUCUUCGAGGUCUCGACGAGGAACCGCUUCUCCCCUCUUCGCGAGGCAGAACGAGACGCCGUGGUCAUCGGAGACUCCAUCGUCCGUCACGUCCACGCUACCACAACCAAAGGUAAGGUGCGCAGUCACUGUUUUCCUGGUGCUCGUGUCCUCGAUGUCUCUGCGCAGGUUCCCGCGAUCCUGAAUGGCGCUGAGAGCAUCGGAGCUGUUGUUCUGCACGUGGGGGUGAACGACACCAGGCUGCGGCAGACGGAGGUGCUGAAGCAGGACUUCAGGAGCCUGAUCGAGACGGUACGAGCCACAUCGCCCGCGACGAGGAUCAUCGUGUCCGGACCGCUUCCGACGUACCGACGUGGACAUGAAAGGUUCAGUAGAUUAUUUGCUUUAAAUGAAUGGUUAAUGUCUUGGUGUACUGAACAGAAGCUGCUCUUUAUAAAUAAUUGGAAUCUUUUCUGGGAGCGACCUAGGCUCUUCCGUGCUGAUGGCCUGCACCCCAGCAAAAUCGGAGCUGAUCUUCUGUCGGAGAACAUCUCCAAGACGCUUCGCACCGUAUGACUAGUGACUAGAGAGUACAUCAGUUUCAGUUUGGAUCCAGCCUCUUAAGAAGACCUCAGAUGACUAAAACUUUGGAAGAGACGGCGCCAACUCCUGCGAUGACUUCAGAAGAUGCAACAUCUGGAUCAACACGCACAUUCACAUUCUAUAAAUCCUAAUUAUUGUUAAUAUGUAAUUCAUUUUUCCAGGAGCUCUUUGCUUCUACCUCCAAUUACAUUGCUAACAGUGAUUGUAUGUUAAUCGCCUAAAUUAUUACAUUAUUAGCUAACUGCAGUCUCCAAAUUGUAAUGUUGAUAUGCUUUCUCUGUAAAGCUGCUUUGAAACGAUAUGUAUCGUGAAAAGCGCUAUACAAAUAAAUGUGAAUUGAAUUGAAUACAGCCAUUAUUGUCUAAAUAACUGGCAACAAAAGUGAGUAUACCCCCUAAGUGAACAUGUCAAAACUGUGUCCAAAGUGUCAAUAUUUUGUGUGAGCACCAUUGUUAUCUAACACUGCCUUAAUCUUCCUGGGCAUGGAAUUCACCAGAGCUGCACAGGUUGUUGCUGGGAUCCUCUUCCACUCCUCCAUAAUGACAUCACGGAGCUGCUGGAUGUUAGACACAUGGCACUUCUCCACCUUCCACUUGAGGAUGCCCCACAGGUACUCAAUAGGGUUCAGGUCUGGAGACAUACUUGGCCACAAUUAUCACCUUCACCUUCAGCGUCCUCAGCAAGGCAGUUGUCAUCUUGGCGGUGUGUGUUUGGGGUCGUUAUCAUGUUGAAAAACUGCCGUUCUGCCCAGUUUCUAAAGGGAGGGCAUCAUGUUCUGCCUCAGAAUGUCACAGUACAUGUUGGAAUCCACGUUUUCCUCAAUGAAGCGCAGUUCCCCAGUCCCAGCAGCAAUCAUGCAGCCCCAGACUAUGAUGCUACCACCACCAUGCUUGACUGUAGGCAAGACACAAUUUUCUUGGUACUUCUCACCAGGGCGUCGCCACACAUGCUGGACACCAUCUGAGUCAAACAAGUUUAUCUUUGUCUCAUGAGUUUAUCUUUGUCUCAGACUACAGGACAUGGUUCCAGUAAUUCAUGCUCUUGGACAGAUUGUCUUCAGCAAACUGUUUGCAGGCUUUCUUGUGAGCCAGCUUCAGAAGAGGCUUCCUUCUGGGACAAUGGCCAUGCAAACCGACUUGUUGCAGCGUAUGGUCUGAGCACUGACAAGCUGACCUUCCGCUUCUGCAACCUCUAAAGCAAUGCUGGCAGCACUCAUGCGUCUGUUUUUUAAAGCUAGCUUCUGUGCCUGACGCACAGCAUGAGGACUCAACUACUUUGAUCGACCCUUGCGGGGCCUGUUCCGAGUGGAACCCGUCUUGGAAAACCUCUGUAUGACCCUAGCCACUGUACUGUAACUCAGUUUCAGGGUGUUACCGAUCUUCUUAUAGCCUUGGCCAUCUUUGUGGAGAGCAACAAUUCUAAUUCUCAAAUCCUCAGAGUUCUUUGCCACGAGGUGCCAUGUUGAACAUCCAGUGGUCAGUAUGAGUAUUGUACUCAAAGCAAUAAAAAUUUAAACUGCUCUAAUACAAGAUCCACACAUUUGUAUGGUCCUGUCAAGCAGACAAAAACAUGAACAUGAUGAAUAGGACAUGUUGCUUUGCAUGGUUAAAAGACAUAGAGCUGUUAUCACUUAGGGUGUACUCACUUUUGUUGCCAGCUAUUUAGACAAUAAUGGCUGUAUGUUGAGUUAUUUUCAGAGGACAGUAAAUCUAUACUGCUAUACAAGCAGCACAUUGACUACUCUAAAAUAUAUACAAGUUUCAUGUCUAUAGUAUUGUCCCUUGAGAAGAUAUAUUAAAAUAGUUGCUGAAAUGUGAAGGGUCUACUCACUUUUGUGAGAUAAUGUAUGUACACGAGGAAAAUCUAAAUUUUCCUCGGGGGAGCAUGCCCCCGAGAAAACUACAUUUUGUGACCUCUGUAAUUAUGAAACCCUGCGCAUGGCCCUGGUUCUAUUCUAUCUAACGAAAUCUGAGGUAAAUGCCUAUUUCUCCAUAUGUGCGCACUUUGGGACUAAAAGUCUGUAUGUGUAUGCACUGUGACCAAAAAUAAAUGGGAGCAAACACAA